GUUGUGAUUUUUUCCCCCUUCUUCAUUGUAACUGAUUUAUCAAUAUGUACUGAAACAUCUCUUGUCAUCUCUCUCUCUCGAGUCCAAAGUGAAAGCCUUUCACAGCCAAGACCAAGAUAAAAUAUACACAGCGAAGUUCUUAACGAAGACUUUUCCUCAAAGCUAUAAGGAUCGCCGUCGUUCUACGGACCCCUUCUCUCAUUUUCCCGAUCGCCGUGAUAAGGUAGCUUUCCCGUUUCUUUCCUUCUGUCUCCAGGCCCUACCUACGAUUUUGGGUUCCUUCAUAGUUGCUUUCGACGCGGAGAGUUUCCUUCUCGUUUGCCUGCCUGCGUUCGAUUUUUAGGGUUGUUGGUGGUAUGGAAUGCUGGUUUUAUUACGCUAGUUGAGCGCAGCCUGUUCAUUCCAAAUGCCUGGACUGGGUAUUUUAUGGUCAUCACGGAAGUGAAGCGAGAAGAGUGGUGGCAAGAAAGGGGAUUACUUGAUUGAUUGAGGGCUUGAUCAGUUCUUUCAAUGGGGGAAAUUAUGCGGAUUACUUGAUUGAAUGAGGGCUUGAUGAGUUUGUUCUUUCAGGAUUUUCUCUGUUGUUUUCUCCACCUUGGAGUUUGUCUGAUUGAUACGAGGAAUUGAAGAGGAACAACUUCAUUGAUUAGCUUCAAUAUCUUUCAGCCAACUUCACUUUCAUUUUCCUUAGUUUCUCUACAGGAAAAAGUUGUAUGCUGUUCAUUUCUGCUUGAGAAUUAACGAUGUCUGAACUCAACUUGGAAUGCGACUCUAUAUUCUUCCUUUCGACUUCUUAUGGUACUUCAGCUCUGAUUACUAUUUUUUUUGGGUGCCGUUGGUUACUGGGCUUCCAGAUCUUCUCAAUUACUCGGAUACUUUUGGACAUCUUUAGGUCCAAUAGGAGAUACUAAUUUAUGUUUGCUAGUUAAAUAUAUAGUAUCUGUUAAGUAGGAAAAGCUUAGACGGUGCAAUUUCCCAGUGAAAAUCAAUGAACAAGCAGUGAUGAUUGAUACCACUGUGUAAAAUGAACAGGAAAUACCUAGCUUUUCGCACUGUUAACUGUUAAGUUCUCAUCUUUAUGUCUCAUUCUUCUGUUGUAGUUUAUCAGGACAGAAACUAAUGAGUGAUCAUCUAGAUUCUGGUGCUGACCGGAAUAUAGAGCCUGAGAAUUCACUACCAACACAAGGUGCGGUGAUACUUCCAUCUUCUGGGAGUUCUUCUUCUCAGCCUGUUGAUAAAUCUUCUUGCUUAAUUGAUAUGGAGCGAGUUAGAGAAGAUGAUGUUUGCGAUGAAAAGGAGCCACUUCUUCAGACAGUGGAAUGCCGAAUUUGCCAAGAGGAAGAUAGCCUGGUGAAUUUGGAGGUUCCCUGUGCUUGUAGCGGUAGUCUAAAGUAUGCUCAUAGGAAAUGCGUCCAGCGAUGGUGCAAUGAAAAAGGCGACAUCAUUUGUGAGAUAUGUCGCAAGCCUUACCAGCCUGGAUAUACUGCCCCACCGCCACCUCCGCAGUCAGAAGACACUGCAAUCGAUAUAGGUGAAGGUUGGACUAUUGCUGGCACUCCUUUGGAUCUCCGUGAUCCCCGAAUUUUGGCAAUGGCUGCUGCUGAACGCCAUCUUCUAGAGGCCGAGUAUGAUGAGUAUGCUGAUAGCAGUGCAAAUGGUGCUGCAUUCUGUCGAUCUGCUGCUCUAAUUCUUAUGGCUCUUCUACUAUUGAGGCAUGCUAUGUCUCUAAGCAGUUCGGAUGGUGACGAUGACGAUGAUGCUUCAACCUUUUUCUCUCUUUUCUUGCUGAGAGCUGCUGGGUUUCUUCUCCCAUGCUAUAUCAUGGCUUGGGCCAUCAGCAUUCUACAACGAAGAAGGCAAAGACAGGAAGCGGAAGCACUUUCAGCAUCAGAAGUUGCCUUCAUGAUACAGGCAGGCCAACACCCAGGCUUGCAUUUCACAGUAGCUGCUGGUCCUGCAUUUACAACUCCUGAAGAAGCAGCACCUUCUCCACCGCCGAGACAUUCAGUUUAAGUGUCGAGUAAAUUUAUUUAUGGUGGUGGUGGAAAACACGAGAUUCUGUGAUUGUCCAUCCAAGUUGUACCAUCUUUAAAUUUGGACCUUUACUUGUGAGAAACCACCUACAUGGCUCUCCUUGACAUGUAUUAAUGUACAUAGAUGAUCUGUGAUUCAUCUCUGGCCGCCGUUUGUUUGUGCUGCUUUGGGAUCUACAUAAUAGCAGGGGCAGAGCUGUUGUUUCUUUAAAUGGUACAUGUUACACUAAUAUGUAUCUCUAAUCUUGCUGGUUUUGGUUCACAACUUGCUUGAUUUCUAGGUUGAUUAUACAGUGAGCUGCAACCCUGCAGAUCAGAAUGUGACAUAAGACCAACCUGGUAGUAGUCUUUGCAUUAGGAAGUGUAGAAGUACCAACACCUUAACAGCUGUCUUGGCUAUAUCGUAGGAGCAUGACAGAGACUGCAGGUGCACAACCUUUUCUCGACUAUACAUUGCCAACAAGAUUCUAACAUCAGUCUCUGUUCUGCAGGUCCAUUUUUAAACUAGACAGUCAAAGAUGUCAACUGCUCGCGUUUAAUUUGGCACUUGGGUUUUACUCAUUUCUAGCAUUAUAGCCGUGUUGUAGGGACAGGUUUUGAGAGAGAUCUGGCUUGAUUGUAUUUUUACCAUGCGUUCAGCGUUAUUGAUUCUUUACGAGUUUUAGUUUUCAGUUGGUGCUUUGAACUGAGUUUCAGUUUUCGGUUGGUGCUUCGAACUGAGCUUCAGUUUCGAUUUGGUGCUUUCAACUUGGCAUUAUGUUUCUGUGUUCGUCAUUAAUCAAGUUCAACACAGAUGCAUGGUGUAUGGGCGAGCAGGGGACUGGUCUGGACAUGGUGGUGAGAGAUUGGCAAGGAUCGGUUCGUCUUGUAGUGGCAAAAAGAGAGGAAGAAAUUUGGCUGUCAGAGGUUGUCGAAGGAAGAGCUGUACUAAUGGCGGUGACAAUAAUAAAGGAACUCCAAAUGGGACCAUGUGAUGUGGAGUUUGACUGCAAUUCCCUCAUGAUAAAGCUUCAAUAGCAUGCAGAUGAUCUAAGCGAAAAGUGAAUAUCUGUAAGGAAAUCCUGGAAGGUGCAUAAGUGUGGGAAUGUAGAGUUUGGAAGUUUGCUAGUCGUGAAGCCAUUAAGGUAGACACAAGUUAGCCCAUUUUCCUUUUGAAGCUCGUGAUUGUAACACGUGGAUAGAGCACUACCCGGAAUAGGUUAGGAUGAUUAUCAUUUAUCUUGCUACCUACAUUUCCACUUUUCAUUCUAGGUAUCAUAGUCAGUAAAUACUCCGUUUAAUACAUAUAUAUGUACUUGUACGUGUUUUAUCCGUUUAAAACUUAAGUAUCCGUAUUAUUGUCAAGCCGUUUCAUUUCCCCCGUUCAUUUGAUGGCUCCCAUAAUAAACACGUAUAAAACCUGUAUAAUAUGUUUAAUAUCCGUAUUUAAUGAAUUAAAUGGUUAAAU